AUGCCAUCUAUAUCUCAAACUCUCGCCACCUACAACUGGCAAGAAGCAGACCCUCGUUUUGCUCCACUCCCUGGCGAGAACCGUGCAAACCAUGUCAUGGUAAAGAUAGCCGCUGUGCAUUACAGCGAAGAGAAAGAGUUCAUCAUGCAUCGCGAGCUACUCACUCGCUACCAAUGCAGACUCUUCACUAGUAUCCUCGGUCCCAUUGGAAACUCUACAUACUUCAAGCUUGAGGUCGAUCCAAAAGUCUUCACAGGAUUCUUGCAAUUCGCAUAUCGGGGCAGAUUUUGGCUUCCAGAAACCAUCAGAAACAUCGAAGUUCUGUGGGAUCUCUACAUCUUUGCCGAGAAGAAGGAGAUCCCCAUCUUGCAAGAUGUGAUGAUGAAUCGCAUCGUUUCUUUUUACUUCAAAUCGAAUAAUUUUCCAACAAUGGCAACUAUCAUGUAUGGGUACAAACAUACCAAGCCUGAGUCCUCCACUCAAACACAUUCAACGGCACGACGUUUCCUCGCACGAUGUUACGUUACACAAUCAUUAGGAUGUUACUUUGGCUCGAAAUGUAGAGAAUCAGACGCGAGCAUUGACAAUGCUCUUUUAUGGGCAGAUGGACUUCAAUCUGAUACGAUGAAGGCCAUUUGGGAACCAGCGGCGUCUCCUUGGAAGGUAGAAACGGAUCCCAGGAAUCCUGCGAGAGUCAAGCUCUGUGACUAUCAUCAGCAUGCAUGGAAUGAGAUUUGUCCCAAGUAUAGAGAGACAUAUUUCAAUAGCGAGACUGAUGUAUGA